AUGGGCCAAUCUUCAUCGAGAUACCUCAACGUAUACAUUGUAUACACCCUAUGCACUCCUUCCGGGCACCCGACCCGCUCAGCCCUCUUCGUUAGUGAGGAGGGAUCUUCUACUGGCGACCACUACUACCUCGCCGACGAUGCCGUCUGGGGGUAUUGCUACAAGCGUGAACGAGUGACAUACUCGACCCAACACCCGAAAUUCAAGGGUACCGAGUUGGUGUUCACGGGCACCACACGUCUUCGAAGAUAUCCUAAGAGCUGGGACUCUCUGCUGCGCAACUUGCCUGCUGAGCGACUGAGCGGGAAACAAAUGGUGGCUAUGUCUCGUGAGAAGGUGGGAGGAUUUGCUUUGCCAUGA